AUGGGGCAGGAGGAUCUCAUGAAUAAAGCCGAAGACUUUGUAGACCAGGUAACUCCAGGUUUAGCAGCACAGCUGUUAACGCUAGCUGCUAUUAGCCUCACAGUGUCUAAUCACAUAUGGGUCCAUCUCAUUUCCCGUCUAGAUGAAGAAUGUGUGCAGCAGGGGAUCGAAUUUGUUCCAGCCAGACUCCAGCAGAAAAAACCAAAAGAGGACGGAGAGGAUGUCGAGCAGAGAAAGGCCACGAAACACAGGAACAACAUGUGGAUGCCCUCAUCCAGCGAUGAAGACGAUGACCACAGCGACUCAGAAGAUAGCAUGAGCGACCUUUAUCCUCCUUCUAUGUUCACUCUGAAAACCUCAAAAGAAUCAAAUGUGGUGGAUGAAAAGGAAGAGAAAGAAGAUUUCCAAACGGAUGAAGAUGAGGAAAUGGAGGUGGACCAGCAAGUAAUGCCGAAACGCAAGAAGGUGCAGGGUGGUCAACAUAAGAAGAAAUUCAGAAAUUCCCACUGGAAAUCAAGUCAUCCUAAGAAACACGGAAAGGCACAAAAUGGGAAGUGAAAUACCCUAUGUGUCACAUUUGUACAGUAUUUUCAUAACUGUUACUUUACCAGAGAACACUGCGUUGUCUGAGAACGGAACUCUCGGCCCGUCGUCAUUGAAAGAAAGCCAUUCUGUGUUUUCUCGUGUUGUUCAAAUGAAAAGUUGCAUAACAAAUGGACUGAGAACUGCUGUGGCUAAAAUGA